AUGUAUAGGUCGGAGAAAAGGAGACAAAAGAGGCUGAUGCGUCAGGCAAAGAGAGACGCAAAGAAGGUGCAGGUGACAACAGAAGCAGUGUGUGAGGGCCCCGUGCUGACGAGCGAUCCGCUGCUGCUGCAGCAGCCCCCGCCCCUGGGUGUAGUGAGUGCAGCAGCAGCACCAGACGCAGCAGCAGCAGCAGCAGCAGCAGCAGCAGCAGCAGCAGCAGCAGCAGGUGGUGAUGGUAUGAUGCAUGCAGAUGUUGCAUGCCCUGCUGUUACCGGUAUAUGCCCGUUUGGGGCUGUUGCUGUUGAGGAGACGCCGCAUCCGCAGCAGCAGCAGCUGCUGCUGCAGCAGCAGCAGCAGCUGCAGCAGCAACCGCAGCAGCAGCUGCUGCUGCGGAGACAGCCGACGAUGUCUCUCCCACCUGUCUCCUUGCAGCUCGACGCAGAAAUGAGGGAAAUAAACUCUGCUGCUCGUGCUGCAGUUGUUUCUUCUGUCCCCGACCCAGCAGCAGCAGCAGCAGCAGCAGCAGCAGCAGCAGCAGCAGCAGGAGAGAGCAGCAGAAGAACGCCUGUCUUACACACCACUUGUGUGCAGCAGGUGUCUCCUCCUCUGCCGUCUCCUCCCCCUUCUGCUGCUGCAGCAGCAGCAGCAGCAGCAGCAGCAGCAGCAGCAGCAGGUGCCGGUAGUAUAUCCGCAGCUCCUGCUGCAGUAGUAGUAACGGAUGACCCAUCAUCAUGUUCGCCAGGAGCAGCAGCAGCAGCAGCAGCAGCAGCAGCAGCAGCAGCAGCAGCAGCAACACCAGCAGCAGCAACAGGAGUUGUUUCUCCUCUUGUUUCUUCUGUCCCCGAUCCAGCAGCAGCAGCAGCAGCAGCAGCAGCAGCAGCAGCAGCAGCAGGAGAGAGCAGCAGAAGAACGCCGCAACACCAGCAGCAGCAAAAGGAGUUGUUUCUCCGCACACUGCAGCAGCAGCAGCAGCAGCAGCAGCAGCAGCAGCAGCAGCAGCAGGAGGAGGAGGAGGAGAUGGUUGCUGCUGCUGCAGCACAUCUCCUUUCUCUGGUUCUUGCUGCUGCAGCAACAGAGCAGGAGCAGGAGGAGGAGAUGGUUGCUGCUGCUGCAGCACAUCUCCUUUCUCUGCUGCUGCAGCAGCAGCAGGUCCAGCAGCAGCAGCAGCAGCAGCAGCAGCAGAAGCUGGAGCGGGUCGUCAAUCUCCUCAUGCAGCAGCAGCAGCAGCACCUGCUGCAGCAGCAGCAGCAGCAGCAGCAGCAGCAGCAGCAGCAGAAAGACAGCAGCAAGAAUAUUGGAAUUUAUGCAGCAGCAACGACAGCAACGAAGACACAGAAGGAUGGGGACUUCUAUACGAAACACCACCCGUUGAGGCAGGAGACAGAAGCAAGGGGCCCCCGCAGGGGGCCCCCCGGGGGCCCCCACCCCCCCGGGGGCCCCUAUAGAAGAGAGAGGGAGCUGUCUCCUUUUGGUUUUUCUGUUUCUAUGGGGAGGAGACAGCAGGAGACAGAUGGAUAUGAAGACUAUCUGCAGCAGCAGCAGCAGCAGCAGCAGCUGCUGCUGCAGCAGCAGCAGCAUGAAGGCGAGUAUAACUAUAAUUAUAAUGUUAACUAUGCCUAUCAACACAACCAGCAGCAGCAGCAGCAUCUGCUGCUGCAGCAGCAGCAGCAGCAGCAGCAGGAUGAGGAGGAUGAGGGUGUGUAUGGGUAUUGGUAUAGGUCUCAGCAGCUGCUGCUGCAGCAGCAGCAUGAAGGCGAGUAUAACUAUAAUUAUAAUGUUAAUUAUGCCUAUCAACACAACCAGCAGCAGCAGCAGCAUCUGCUGCUGCAGCAGCAGCAGCAGCAGCAGCAGCAGCAGCAGCAGCAGCAGGAUGAGGAGGAUGAGGGUGUGUAUGGGUAUUGGUAUAGGUCUCCUUAUAUGAAGACAAAGGAGACAGCAUAUGAUAGAUUUCUGCUGCUGUGCAUGCAGCAGCAAGGUGUUUUAUAUGAAACACGCUCAAAGCAGCAGCAGCAGCAGCAGCAGCAGCAGCAGGAGCAGCAGGAACAGCAGCAGCAUCAAAUACACCAGCAGCAGCAGCAGCAGCAGCAGCAACAACUGGGUUUCAUUCUAUAA